AUGACAGUUGAUAUGAAAAAAGAUAUAGAUCAGUCACUUUUAAAUUUAUUCACAAAAGAUUACCAACCUUUUAAAUUAGUUGAGGACAAGGGUUUUAAACAGUUCGUUAAAAUGUUGAACCCUAAUUAUACACUUCCUAAUCGCCAUUCAAUCGCUAAACAAUAUAUUCCAGCCUUGUAUGAAAAGCGAUUGAGAGAAGUUAAAGAGUUAGUAGUACAGGAAGCAAAACAUUCGAUUCUCAUAAGUUGUUCUUCAUUUAAUGAAAACCAUACUGCCAUAAAUUUGAGUGAACAAAUCCAAAAAACUAUUGAUGAAUGGCAACUUAAAGGCAAAAUAGAGUUAGCUGUCUCUGACAAUGCUACUAAUAUCGAAAAUGCAUUAGGUACACUUCAACUUAAACACUUGGGAUGCUUUGCUCAUAUCUUAAAUUUGGUUGUUCAAUCAGCUCUUACUUUAGAAAACGAACUUAUUGAUAAAGUUAAAACCAUUGUCACAUAUUUUCGUAGAAGUACAAUAGCCAAUAAUAAACUCAAAACUUAUCAAAUAAAUAAUGGGAUAGAUAAACCUAAAAAAUUACUCCAAGAUGUCCAGACUAGGUGGAAUUCUACGUAUUAUAUGUUGAAUCGUUUUAUUGAACUAGAAAAUCCUAUAAGGGGGACAUUAGGUCUGCUUGAUAAGGCACCUCAAACCUUAAACAGUGAUGAAUGGUCUAUAAUAAAAGAAUUGUGUACUGUACUCAGACCUUUUGAAGAGGCUACUAGAGCAGUCAGUGGUGAAUCGUACAUGACUGCAUCUAUAGUCAUAGUAUUAACUCAAGGCUUAUUAAAUGCAUGCAAAAAGUUGCAUACAAUGGAAUUUAAUGAAAGGACACUGAUGAUUAUCAAACAACUAUUAGAUAACAUGGAAAAACGAGACGCAUGGAAAACUUUGAUAAAAAUCGAAUCAACUGGAUGA